AUGGCCGGACCUAUCCUGCCGGCCUUCUCCAAGCUGAGUGCGCUGCUGCACACGCGCGAGGCGGAGCCCCGCAUGGACAACCUGGUGCUGCGGCUGCACUACCGCGUCACCGCUCGCAUCCUGUUGCUGUUCGCCUUCGUCGUGUCCACCCGCAGCCUGGCCGGCGAGCCGAUCGAGUGCACUACCGACUCAAGUGUGCCGCGCCAGGUUAUGAACAGCUACUGCUACGUGGCGGCGACAUUCAGCGGCGGCGAAGCGAGGCAUCACUCUUACUACCAAUGGGUACCGUUCGUGUUCGCCCUGCAGGCGCUCACCUUCUACAUGCCGUUCACAGUGUGGAAGCACAUGAGCGGUAACGUGCUGCGCAACUGCUUCAGCUUUCAGCUGGAUAUGCCGGACACGACGAUGCACGGGAGCUCAACCAAGCUGAUCUCCUUCGCGGGCUACCUCUCAGCUCGCAUGGGACGCGUCAACCAGGGCCUGGUCAAGGCAUUCUUCGUUGUCGAGUUCGCCUGCCUCCUGAACGUCAUCGGCAACAUCUUCCUGCUGGACGCCUUCCUCGGCGUCGACUUCGGCAGGCACAGUGCGGUUCGGCUGGCCACCUUCCUGCGUCUUGCGCACAAUGAUGACAGCGCGGACACCGUGUUCCCGCCGGUCGCCAAGUGUACCUUCCUCAAGUACGGCUACUCAGGUACCAUCGAGCGCAUCGACGCCGUCUGCGUGCUGCCGCACAACGUUUUCAACGAAAAGCUGUUCGUGUUCCUGUGGCUGUGGAUCUCGCUGCUGGCUGCCGUGACGGUUGCACACGGCCUCUUCCGCGUCGCUUCGCUGGCCGUGCCCAAGGUGCGGCGGAACGUGCUGCUGGCGCUGAUGCUGGACGAGUUCCGCGACGACGGCCGCCAGGUGUUUGAGCAGUGCACCGUGUACGACUGGUUUCUGCUCUGCAACAUCGCCAAGCGGAUGGACACUCUGGCCUUUAGCGAGCUGGUGCACCACCUAGCCGUCAGCCACAAGGAGCUGCUGCUGCCGGUGCUCACCGCGCCCGGCAUGUCCAGACGCGCCUCGCAGUGGUCGGAGGGGCACCGCCGCUCCACCGACCACCCCAAGGUCACCCCCUGA